AUCAUGAAUGCUCCAGAUCGUUUUGAAUUGUUCAUUCUUCCGGACGGUGUCUCCAAAAUAAAAGUGGAGCCAGAUGCAAGAGUACCAAACGCUGCUAUUGUCACUUUUGAAAAAGAAGAUCAUACGCUAGGUAACUUACUAAGAGCGCAACUCUUGAAAGACGAAAGAGUGUUGUUUGCUGCUUAUAAAGUUGAACAUCCAUUAUUUGCCAAAUUUGUCAUGAGAAUUCAAACUGAAGAGAAUUAUUCCCCGAGAGAAGCAUUAAGAAAUGCAUGUAAUAGUGUUAUAUCGCAACUUGAUGUCCUAAGAGAAAGAUUCAAAAACGAAUGGGCUUUGAAGUCAUUUGCUGCUGAUGCUGCUGAUCUUGAAUGA